ACUACAACAUCACACGAAUAAUAUUGCGAAUAAAUCAGACCAAAGGUCGAUCUGUAUCCGAUCCGAGUACGCGCGCGCUUUCGUUUCGUCUAGUUAGUGUUAUUAGUUUAGUUUUUUAGUCGAACAGGACGCUCUGGUGUCAGGCAGAGGCGAUAUCAUGACUACCACCACCGUUGCGACCAACGAGAAGUCCAAGACCAAAGCACCGAAGAAGCGCGCCGCCAACGACUCGCCCAAGGUCUGGCGCAGCAUCCAGGCCAUGCAACGCAACUUUGCUCAUCGUCGUCUUCGCCGUUUGGGGGCUGCCACCAAGGAGAACCGUCGCGCCGAUCGCGCCCAACGGGCUGCUGCCCGGGGCCAGAUGCCCAACAAUCAGGAGCGUCCCAAUCGCGGUAUACUAGUCUGGUCGAUGCUGUGGCUAUUGAUUGCCUCCGGCGGCCUGGUGCUUGGCGGCUUGGUGGACCUGUCGGGCGCUGCCGAUACCAUUAGUGAUUUCAUAGACAGUUACACCAACCAGUACAACGUGAUUGUCCAGGAGCGGCCUGGUUACUGCGAACGACAUGCCCGAUUGGGAGCUAUGGUGGACCACGCCUGGGAUCAGGUGCUGAACCAGCCGGACGCUCUUGAGAGACUAGAACUCGCCCUGGACAACACAACAUUCAAUGCCAUUGCCUUAAUAGGAUCUUCAGGUGUGGGCAAGAGCCACACCGCCCGAUUGCUGCGCGAAAAGUUCCCAUGGCCGGAGAAUGUGAAGACCGUCGCCUGGGAGGACACCAACGCCCUGGCCCUCAUUACCAGCAUCCUCUCGCACCUGAAGCUGUGCGGACGCAACCUCAUCCUCAUCGACAACAUGACCCCCAAGGACAUACGCUACAUUCCCUAUAUCAAUGGCUUGAUACGCACUCAUCCGGAGAUCGCCAACGGAACGGCCAACAAGCCGAACAAGAAGUACGUGACCAUUGUAUACAUCAUCAGUCUGAACCGGAUGCUGCCCGACGAGGAGUUCGAGGCCCAGAAACUGGCCGUUCAGAAGCUGAUCAACACCCAUCUGAUUAACUACAAUGCCAUGGAGCGGCCCCAGGUGGAGGACUGCAUCCGUCGCACGGCUCGUGUCGAGGGGAUGGAACUGACUCGCGAUCAGGUCGUUGACAUCAUCUACUCGAUAGACUAUAUCAAUGCCGGGUGCAAGCCGGUCCGUGCCAAGGUCCUUAUGUAUGGGACGCCCACCAAUCAAAAGCCAUAGGACAUACUAGCUAGAUCUCUACUAGCCAUAGACUAGGAGCGCCGUUAGCGACUUCUAUCUUAGUUUUAAUUCAAAUUUCGUUUGUGUGUAUAUAUAUAUAGUUUAGAAACAGCCAUGACAUUCCUCAUUGGAUGAGCGAAGCCGAGGGACCUGCUAGCCAGCGAUCAUCAUCAAGACUUGAGAACUUUUAAAGUUUAGGAGAAGCGUAGACCAAAAUGCAGGGAUUUCAAAUCGAUUAAGUGAGAGGCUUAGGCAGCAAAAACAAUAAAAAGUUUAUUUUUUGGAAAUGUUAAAGCCUCUGUUCUUUUUUUUUAUAAAUUAAGCAUCAGACUGUUUUAUAAAAUUAUUAAAAAAAAUAUUCAUACUUUUAGAAAAAUUAUAAAUGAAUUGUGACAUUCAUAAACUUUUUUUUGGAAAAGUUUUUUGAAUGUUUUUUAAAACUAUAAAGUAAGAGAAUAUUUUUAAGAGAAAAAUGAUUUAAAAUUAAGUUUAUACUCUAAUAAUAAAAGAACGAAAGUUGUUAAAUUUGUUACAAAUUUGUUCAAACUUUCAAAAAGUUUAAAA